CAAGAGGUGCCCUCUAUCAUAUAUGAAACGUUCAUCCCUUUCACAGAACUCCUGUUCUUUCCCAGGGAGUCCGCCAUUGUUGGUGCACGUAUAUUUCUGACCAGGCCAACGGAUAUCGGACAACAUCCAAAAUGACCGAGUGUCACCUGGGUUUGGAAAAAUUGAAAACUGGCGGAUUACUUGGGAUUGCGCAACUCCCUUCGAAGACAAAUUUUGAGGCUCGCGAUGGAUAUGCCGGGGUUAAAAUCUCUGAAGAUUCUACAAAAAUUCUGGCGAAACAUUCCUGAAAAUUUUACGGCACAAAGGUUCAAAGUUACCUAUAUUAAAAGUUCAAAUAUGUUUCGUCUCUUGUUCAAGAGGCAACGUGUCAUGGAGCUUUGUAAGGCUCUUGAUACGAACCAGCAUGUUCUCGGAACAUCGUGAGUCUUCAAGAAAAGUUCUCGACGGUUUCUAGUGAAUUGAAAAACUUACGAAAACGAUUUUAAAUCAUUGUACAGAAAAACCUAAUAUACUACAUAUAGGAAAUGAGGAAAUUGUGACACUCGAGGGGGGCAGAAAUCAUUCUAACACAAAAUGCUGUCCAAAUAAAUAUCCAUAAGAAUAUAUUUCUUAUUAUAAUAAAUAAAUAAAUAAUUAAAGAUGUUUGAAGCACAUAGUAUUAAUGCUGAACAUAAAGAUUUAAUUCAUGAUAUUGCUUAUGACUUUUAUGGACAACGAAUGGCAACAUGUUCUAGUGAUCAAUUUGUAAAAGUCUGGGAUGAAGAUGAACAUGGAAAUUGGCAUUUAACUGCAUCUUGGAAAGCACACAGUGGAUCUGUAUUUAAAGUAACAUGGGCACAUCCAGAAUUUGGUCAAGUUUUAGCAACAUGUUCUUUUGAUAGGACAGCAGCUGUAUGGGAAGAGAUAGUUGGAGAAGGAUCAGGACCAGGAGAACGUGGUAUGAGACAUUGGGUUCGAAGAACAAAUCUAGUAGAUUCUAGAAAGACUGUUACAGAUGUAAAAUUUGCACCUAAAACUUUAGGACUUUUAUUAGCUACUUGUAGUGAAGAUGGAGUAAUUAGAAUAUAUGAAGCUCCUGAUGUUAUGAAUUUAAGUCAAUGGACCCUACAACAUGACAUUAGUUGUAAACUUCAAUGUAGCUGUUUAUCAUGGAAUCCAUCUCUUUCAAGAUUACAUCCUCCAAUGAUAGCAGUUGGAAGUGAUGAUCCAAAUCCAUCAUCUGAAGGAAAAGUUUUUAUAUAUGAAUAUUCUGAAAGUAGUAGACGAUGGACAAAAACACAAACAUUAUCCAUUGUUGAUCCUGUUCAUGAUAUUGCAUUUGCUCCAAAUUUAGGUAGAAGUUUUCACACAUUGGCUAUUGCAUCAAAUGAUGUACAAAUAAUUACAUUAAAACCUACACUGGAUAGUGCACAAAGUGGUUCAUCACGUUUUGAAAUUAAUAUAGCAGCACAGUUUUCUGAUCAUAAUCCUACUGUAUGGCGAGUAUGUUGGAAUAUUAUGGGAACUAUUUUAGCAAGUUCAGGAGAUGAUGGUUGUGUUCGAUUAUGGAAAGAUAAUUAUAUUAACAAUUGGAAAUGCGUUGCUGUUUUGAAAGGUGAUGGCACCUCUGCUCAAAGUGCUGAAACUUCUAUAGCAGCAACACCGCCUAAUCAUUCAACAGGAAUACAACAAACAUCUUCUACAACAAGGUACUACAAAUUGGGUUCCAUCAGUCAUCCAAACCAAGUGCCUUGGCAUUAGAGAAAAUGAUUUAUUUUUUAACAUACUUAAUAAUUUUAUUAUUUCAUAUAAUGUCAGAAAUUUUGGAAAAUAUUGGAUUUAUAUUUAUAUAAUAACUAUUAUUAUUUUUGAACAAAUAUUUUGUAUUUUUAAUAGUUAAAUCAAUUAAAUAAUAUACUAAACAAUUAUAAUUUCAUAGCAUUGCAUCUUAUUUUAUUCUUUUAGUAAUUUGUAUUUUUUUGUUAAAUAAUAUAAUUAUAAAGUAAGUGUUCUACUA